AUUUCAGGCAUGCUCUCAGUACUUUCGAAGCAGAGCUCCGGAAAAGUAGUACGAAUUGCGUGUAGGGCUUCCACUGGAUUGGGGAGUCAAAACAGAGAAUAUAGCUGGAAUAAUGGCUCGCAUGAUAAACAAAAUGGAUGGCGAUUUCUCGGUUCGAUAGCUGUGGCAGCUUCUUCUUGUGCUGUCGGCUACCUAGCAGUGGACAAAUUCCGGCUACGUAUUGCCCAUGCUGAUGCUCCAGCAAAGGAGGAGAAGCUAUCACCACCACCUCGAAAAGAUCUGCCUACAUUCAAAAAGGAAGAAGUGAAAAAGCAUGGAAAGAAAGCGGAUAGAAUAUGGGUGACUUAUAAAACGGGAGUGUAUGAUGUAACAAAUUUUAUUACGUCGCAUCCUGGUGGAGACAAACUGCUACUUGCCGCUGGCGGCUCGGUGGAACCAUACUGGACUCUCUAUCAGCAACACAAAAAUGAAACGGUUAUGGAAAUUCUGGAGGAACUCCGUAUUGGUAAUUUAGACCCCAGUGAGGUAGAAGAGAUCAAGGAAAGCGAUGCUUCUGAUCCAUAUGCAUCAGACCCGGAGCGGCAUCCAGCCUUGAUUGUCGACCAACAACGUCCUUUCAACGCGGAAACUCCUCCAUCUCUACUUAUGGAUCAUUUUCGAACCCCGAAUGAACUAUUCUUCGUUCGAAAUCAUAUGCCUGUGCCAAAGGUUAUUGACAUCAAGAAACAUAGGUUGAAAGUUGAAGGCUUGGGAGUAAAACGCCCCCUAAACCUCUCGGUCGAAGAACUGAAGACUAAGUAUGAACCUGUUUCGAUCACGGCAGUCGUGCAGUGUUCUGGUAAUCGUCGAGCAAACAUGAAUGACUAUAAAAAAGUGCAAGGGCUACUAUGGGCUGAAACUGCUAUAAGCAAUGCGGAGUGGACAGGUGUUCGCUUACGAGAUCUAUUGAUUCAAGCAGGAGUAAAUCCAAACGAUUCAAGAAUAAAGCAUGUUCAUUUGGAAGGUGCUGACACAGACGGCGAAGGUCAGUGCUUUGGAGCUUCGAUUACUUUCGAAAAAGCAAUGAGCCCCGAAACUAUCGUCGUAUAUAGCAUGAAUGGUGAAGAUCUCCCUCGAGAUCAUGGCUACCCCUUAAGAAUUAUCGCGCCUGGCAUUGUUGGAGCUAGACAAGUCAAAUGGCUUAAGGCCAUACGACUCAGUGAUGUUGAAAGUCCCAGUCACUGGCAGCAGAAAGAUUACAGAGUUUUUCCUACAAGCGUGGGACUACACGAUAAACUGGACUGGACUACCGUGCAUUCUAUCCAAGAAUACCCUGUGCAAUCUGCUAUUUGCAUACCAGCACCUGAGUCGAAAGUUGAGAGAGUCAAAGGUGAAGUUGAUGUGGAAGGGUAUGCCUGGAGUGGUGGAGGCCGUGGUAUUAUUCGAGUUGAGGUGAGCGGUGAUGGAGGCAAAACGUGGCAGACCGCAGAGCUGGAACAAGAUGAGAAGCAAGACCUCAAUCACAUGUGGGCUUGGACAUUUUUCCGCACCAGCAUCAAAAUUCCUGAAGGAGCAAAGAAAAUGGAUCUCGUAGUGAAAGCUACUGAUCGUGCUUAUAACACGCAGCCCGAAACCUCUGUUGGAAUAUGGAAUGUCAGAGGAUUGAUAAAUAAUGCUUGGCAUAGAGUCAGUGUGGAAGUAGUGGACUAAACUGUAAGAAGUAUCUGCUGAUGGAAAAAUUUCAUUUUUCGUCAAAGCGUAGUCGCUCGGAGACUACCUCGACGUGCUUGCUCAUUUUUUCACCUUAUUUCUCAUAUGCAUUUCUAUUCCUGGUGAAACGGAAUUCACUGACUUCAGAAGUAUACUUAUAAUUGCUUGUUCUAUAUAUUGGUGCCGCUUGUAAUUUCUAGAUGUGCCUACCUUCAUAAGCUGUGAUAGUUGUAACUCUUGCCAAAUCAACUUUUGACUGUAUUGCUGCUUUCUUCACCUAAUAUAACAGUACUC